GCUCGUACGGCGAAAACUAGCCUUCCCUCGUCGUGUUUUCGAGCAUGCUGCAAAAUCGCUUUGCUAUCUGCUUGCCCUUUUGUCAUGGCUAAGCAUAUUCGCCAUGGCUCAGACUGUGGCAUCUCAGGCAUACACACCUGUUGCUGCGCGAUGUCCUGCAGGUUUCAACCUAGUGCGGAUGGCUGGUACUCCUGGGAAUCAGACCCUCAGCUCAUCUGAGGCCUCCUAUGUCCAAAAUCGCAAGACCAGUGUCCUUCCGCAGGCCUGGAAAACUUAUCUCUCAAAUGUCUUAUCCACCAAUCCUUAUCUCCCUGAUUACGUGUCAAGCAUUCUGUCGGGAGAUAGCUCCGAGAUCCCGACUCUAGGCAUUGCAACGAGCGGAGGAGGGUAUAGGGCUGCAAUCUUUGGUGCAGGAGUGUUGAACGCACUAGAUGCGCGGAAUUCGUCUUCCGAUGCCGCUGGAACAGGCGGGUUGCUCCAGGCAGCAACCUAUCUGUCGGGAUUGUCAGGCGGAUCGUGGUUUGUCACGUCCCUUGCCCAAGCCAAUUUCCCCACCAUCCAAGAUCUCAUCUUUGGACCUGCUAGUCCCCCAGUGUCUGACAAUUCGUGGGGAGGAUGGAAUGCUGCCUAUGAUCUUGCAACGCCAAGCACGAACCUCUCCACGGAUUCGGAAUAUUAUAUGGAUCUUGCGGAGGAGUUGCUUGGAAAGUACGAAGCCGGUUAUGUAGUGACAUUUGCGGACUAUUGGGGACGUACGCUAGCCAGACAUUUCGCCAAUGGCACUUUCUCGUCUAAUUUCUAUGACGAGUCGUACACCCAUGGAGCUGGUGUAUUAUGGUCUGCUGUUGCAAAUACGACCUCCUUUGCGUCCUAUUCAAUACCAUUCCCAAUUGUGGUCGCAGACCUUCAAGCUCCGGGUCAGAACUCAUCUGAGAUCAUUGCUGAAGACUUCAUCCCCUUAAACAAUCCUCUAUUUGAGUUCAAUGUUUUUGAAACGGGUUCUUUCGACCCGCAGCUUUCUGCAUUCGCGCCCACCAAAUAUCUGGGAACGACAAAUAACAGUAUCUGUGUCACCAACUAUGAUCAAUCUGUGCUUGUCGCUGGAUCAUCUUCUGAACUAUUCAAUGAGGCUAAUUUCACUAAUACCUUCAAUUCGAGUUAUGGGCCCAUUUUAUCUCUUUUGGCGAGUCUUAUGCCUGAACCCGACGUUGAAUAUGACGUUGCUUCUUGGCCAAACCCAUUCUAUGGUGUGGCGCCGGACAGUUUUAUUGAUUCGGCCCAAACGAACCUGAAUAUGGUGGACGGCGGUGAGGACGGUGAAGUUAUCCCCCUGCAACCUCUCCUGGUGAAGGCACGUGCCGUCGAUGUCAUUUUCGCUAUUGAUGCAACCGAUGAUGUCGACGACUUCGCGGAUGGUAGCUCUUUGAUUGCCACACAAAAUCGUACUUCGCUUUACCCUUCCGCUUACUCAUUCCCUCCCGUUCCCACUUCUAUGGGAGAAUACACCGCACAAAACCUGACUACGCGCCCGACAUUCUUUGGAUGCAAUACGACCAGUUUGAACGCAAGCACCCCGCUUCUCAUAUACCUUGCUAAUGGUGGCCCACCCUACAAUGGCGAAGCUCCCAUUACCAAUACCUCAACGGAUCAAACUUCCUAUUCGUCGUCAGAGAUCCAGGCAAUGCUUAGCCAGACCUUUGUUAUCGCGACUCAGGGGUAUCCAACAAUCGGAGCAACGGAAGAUCCAAAUUGGCCGUCGUGUCUCGCAUGCGCCGUCGUCGACCGUGCAAGGGAGCGAGCAGGGGUGGAAAGAAGUGGUAUCUGCACUUCCUGCAUGAACAGGUACUGCUGGGAUGGAAGCACCCUCACAACUACUGCACCCUACAGCGUAUAGGCCACGCAUUUGGAUAGCUGGGCGCCUUCGGGGUGGCGUCGGUUAUUAUGGCCAUGCUGAUGAUGUGAAGUCAAUUUGUGCAGACGGACACAGUUUGAGUUUU